AUGAUAAAGUCUUUAAAUCGCUAGUGUGAUUUGUCUCUGUGGUCUCGUCUGAGGAGCAACUCCUCCAUCUAGUGGCUCACCCUGAACUCACAUGUUAUCAGGAGUUAUUCACUCAGAUCCAGUGAUUGUUACUCAAGAAAGCCACUAGAUGGCGCUGUGUUCAGUGUUAUGUGACGAAUACACUGUGCAACGAGUAAUGAAGAAUAAAAGCACAUGUUGAAGUGUUCAGAGAAAAUAAACGGACAUGUUGAGACACUUUAUUCAAAUCACUGAACAAAUCAUGAUAUUCAGAGUGAACUAUCGGGAUAUUUUCUCUUUUUCAGACCAUUCUCUAGCAGCUUCACAUCAGCACGUCUGUCAUUUUAUCAGUUUUGAAGAGUUUGUCUUUUCAUAUUUGUGGACUGAAACUGAUGAAGAUGUUUCUCCCUGUUUUGCUCUGCUUGUGUUUCUGGCGUCUGGAUGGAGCGUUGGUGAAACCACUGCCAGUGAUGAAGGGAGAUUCAGUCUCUAUAAACUCUAAUCUCACUGAAAUAAAGGAUGAUGAUGUGAUUCAGUGGAGAUUUGGAGAUGAAGACGCUUUAAUAGCAGAAAUCAAUAAACGGGCCGACAGAAUCGCUGUAUAUGAUGAUGAUCUUGAUGGGAGAUUCAGAGACAGACUGAAGCUGGACAAUCAAACUGGAUCUCUGACCAUCACAAACACCACAACUGAACAUGCUGGAGAAUAUAGACUACAGAUCAAGAGUGAGAUCAAGAGAUUCAAUCUCAUUGUCUUCGGACUGAUGUUAGUGAUGGAGGGAGAUUCAGCCUCUCUAAACUCUGACACUGAAAUAAAGGAUGAUGAUGUGAUUCUGUGGAGGUUUGGAGAUGAAAACACUUUAAUAGCAGAAAUCGAUAAAUGGGCCAAAAGAUUCACUGUAUAUGAUGAUGUUCUUGAUGGGAGAUUCAGAGACAGACUGAAGCUGGACAAACAAACUGGAUCUCUGACCAUCACAAACAUCACAACUGAAGAUACUGGAAUUUAUAAUCUACUGAUGUAUUCAGGAACAUCAAAAGCAUUCAGAGUUUCUGAACUUGAUAAACUACAGAUUAAGAGUUUUAUUUUUAUUCUCGCUGUCAUUGAUGAAGUGAAGUUAGUGUCAGUGAUGGAGGGAGAUUCAGUCUCUCUAAACUCUGAUCUCACUGAAAUAAAGGAUAAUGAUGAGAUUCAGUGGAUGUUUGGAGAUGGAAAGACUUUAAUAGCAGAAAUCAAUGUAACGGCCGACAGAUUCACUGUAUAUGAUGAUGUUCUUGAUGGGAGAUUCAGAGACAGACUGAAGCUGGACGAUCAAACUGGAUCUCUGACCAUCACAAACACCACAACUGAACAUGCUGGAGUUUAUGAACUAUGGAUCAACAGUGCGAUCAGAGAGAGUUUCUUUCUCAUUGUUAUUGAUGAAGUGAAGUCAGUGUCAGUGAUGGAGGGAGAUUCAGUCUCUCUAAACUCUGACACUGAAAUAAAAGAUAAUAAUGUGAUUCAGUGGAUGUUUGAAGAUGGAAAGACUUUAAUAGCAGAAAUCAAUAAAAUGGCCGACAGAAUCACUGUAUAUUAUGAUGAUCUUGAUGGGAGAUUCAGAGACAGACUGAAGCUGGACAAUCAAACUGGAUCUCUGACCAUCACAAACACCACAACUGAACAUGCUGGAGAUUAUCUACUAGUGAUGUUGUCAGGAAAAAGAUUGUCAUCAAAAUUAUUCAGAGUUUCUGUCUAUAACUCUGUCCACUGCUGUGGUCCUACUGAAGCUGUGAUCCGAUUGGUCCUUUCUGCUCUGGUGGGCGUGGCUACUGUCAGCAUUCUGGUUUAUGACAUCAGAUCCAGAAGAGCUGAAAGAGAUCAAGCACAUAAUAUUCACACAUCAGGUGCAUGAUUGAUGAUGUCAUUUCUCACAAACUGAUUUGCCAAAUAUAUAUUUGUGAGGUUUAUUAAUUUUUAGCUUUAUAUUUUUUAUCUUUUCUACUGAAAUCUAAAGCAGAACGCUGAACUUUAAAGGUUCUUCAAGUGUGUUAUUUGCUCUUCUAGUGUUUUUUUUCAUAAUAAAUACUGAAUAAAUGAGCUUGACGAUUUUUGAGGUUUAAAAAACAUCUUAUUUGUAAUGCUUUAUUGUUUAUAUUUCUCUCAGAUACAUAAUAAUAAUAAAGAGACACAGAUCUCACUUUAAACUGCUGUAUAUUUGCUGUAUGUAUUUUCUUGCCUUUAUCAAUAAAGUUUCUCACUCUGAG